CGUGACGCAGUGAGUCGCGCGGUUGCGGAGGAGCGGACAGAGGGAGGUCGUACGCGCUCAGUUUUGGUGGCCCGGAAGGGAGCCCCGUGGUAGAGGUGACCGGAGCUGAGCAUUUCAGAUCUGCUUAGUAAACCGGUGUAUCACCCACCAUGUUGGCUGCAAGGCUUGUGUGUCUCCGGACACUGCCUUCCAGGGUUUUCCAGCCCACUUUUAUCACCAAGGCCUCUCCACUUGUGAAGAAUUCCAUCACAAAGAACCAAUGGCUCUUAACACCCAGCAGGGAAUAUGCUACCAAGACAAGAAUUAGGACCUACCGUGGGAAAACUGGCCAAGAACUGAAAGAGGCAGCCUUGGAACCAUCAAUGGAAAAAAUCUUUAAAAUCGAUCAGAUGGGAAGGUGGUUUGUUGCUGGAGGAGCAGCUGUUGGUCUUGGAGCGCUGUGCUACUAUGGCUUGGGAAUGUCUAAUGAGAUUGGAGCUAUCGAAAAGGCUGUAAUCUGGCCUCAGUAUGUAAAGGAUAGAAUUCAUUCUACUUACAUGUACUUAGCAGGAAGUAUUGGUUUAACAGCUUUGUCUGCCUUGGCCGUAGCCAGAACACCUGCUCUCAUGAACUUCAUGAUGACAGGCUCUUGGCUGACAAUUGGUGCAACCUUUGCUGCCAUGAUCGGAGCUGGAAUGCUAGUACAGGGAAUAUCAUAUGAGCAGAGCUCAGGCCCCAAGCAUCUGGCUUGGAUGCUGCAUUCUGGUGUGAUGGGUGCAGUCGUGGCUCCUCUGACGAUCUUAGGAGGGCCUCUUCUCCUGAGAGCUGCAUGGUACACCGCCGGUAUUGUGGGAGGCCUCUCUACUGUGGCCAUGUGUGCACCUAGUGAGAAGUUUCUGAACAUGGGAGCACCCCUGGGAGUGGGCCUCGGUCUUGUCUUUGUGUCUUCACUGGGGUCUAUGUUUCUUCCCCCUACCUCCGUGGCCGGUGCCACUCUGUACUCAGUGGCAAUGUAUGGUGGAUUAGUUCUUUUCAGCAUGUUCCUUCUGUAUGAUACUCAGAAAGUAAUCAAGCGUGCAGAACUAACACCCAUGUAUGGAGCUCAGAAGUAUGAUCCCAUCAAUUCGAUGUUGAGAAUCUACAUGGAUACAUUGAACAUAUUUAUGCGAGUUGCAACUAUGCUAGCAACUGGAGGCAACAGAAAGAAAUGAAGUGACUACUUGUCUCUUCUCGCUGAUGUCCUGCUUGUGUAAUAGGAGUAGUCAUUACAGUUUGCACCAUCAGAAUUCCUUGAGAUUUAGAAGAUAACCUGUCACUAUGUUUAAAAUGUUCAGUAAUGUGACCCUUCAGGCCAGCCUUUUCUUAUAGAGAAUAAAUGCAAUAGAUGUCUUCCAAAUUAAGCACAUACAUUUUCAUCUGUCAUGCUUUCAUACUUUAAAAAUGCUUUGAUAAAUGUGUGAACAAAGAUUUGUUAGAAGAUUUCAAGUGUUGUUUCAUUUAUUGGAGAAGUAAAUUUUAGGAAAUUUGUGUGUCUUCAUGUUGUGGGAGGCUGCACAUAAUAUUGAAAUGAUGUCAUGAGUGAUAAGUUUUUGUAUAGAGGUCAGAGAUAAAAAUCACCUACAGUCAUUUGAAUGCUUAGGACAGCACUGAUUCGUGAGCCAACAAAAGGCAUCAGAGAUGUGGAAUAAGGGGCCACCAUACUUGGUGUUCCUUCUGUGCUGUUAAUGAUCUUGGGGUUGACUACUCUUUGUCAGGAAGGUCCAGAGUGUUAACCAUAUAGAGAAUCCUUGCUGGAAUUAUAUGUAUUUACUGUGAAGUCUUUUAGAACAAGCUGGUUGGUGGUGGUGCAUGUGUCUUUAAUCCCAUCAUUGGGAGGCAGAGGCAAGGAGAUCUGGAAAUUCAAGGUAAGCCUGGUAUACAAAGUGAGUUCCAGGCCAGCCAAGGGACUGUCUCUAAAACAAACAUCAACAACAAAAAACUUACCAGCUAUGCUCAGUUUAAUGUACUCCAAAGUCCAAGAUUCAUUGGCUUUCAAAUAUAUGGUAUAUUUGUGGUUGGACAGGGUUUUUGUUUGUUUGUUUGUUUGUGUUUUGGUUUUUUGGAUAUUUUCUCAGUGUCUAAUUGAAAGCAUGCUUUUUUCAUCACAGCUUUGACAGCUGUCAGAAAAGCCUCUGUGGCUUAUGCUGAGAUUAGGAUUGGUUUUUCUUAAGAUUUUGUUACAGAUCACUUGUUUGCAGCGAGGGACUCUUCAUUGAGAUCUGUACGUGUAUUUACAGAAUGACUAUUUUUAAGAAGUAUUUAUUACAGUAAUCCAUAAAUAACUUUUAAUCACUUUAAAGUGCACUGAAUGCUUACUUCUGAAAUAAAAGUUCCAGCCAAAUGGUUA